AUGGCGCCGCCACCACCAUCUCUGGCCCCCGCGCCGCCGCGCCGCUCGCCGGCCGAGCGCGCCUGGACCCCGUUCGGCCUGGCCUACCACAUGGUGCUGCGGUGUGCCUUCUUGAUCGCCCUGCUGCUCGCCACCGCGGGCACCUGGCGGUGGCCCGAGGCCUGGGCGGUCGCGCUGGCGCAGGAGGCGUUCUGGUUCCCGGUCGGCCUCUACCUCCUGCGGCACGACCCCGGCCUCAUCGCCGAGCGCGCACGCGCGCUGAUGGGCGCGCCGCCCGGCGUCGCCGCCUUUGACCGCGUGCUCGUGCCGCUGUUCAUAGCCACGACCGCCGCCGGCUAUGCGGCCGCCGGUCUGCAGCGGCGCCUCGCGCCCCCGCCUGCGCCGCUCGCGCCGGCGACGGCGCUCACGGCCGCAGCGGCGCUCGCAGCCGCGCUCGCGGGCGUGUCGUGGGCGCUCCUCUCCAACCGCUGGUUCUCGGGGGUGGUCCGGCUGCAGCCUGAGCGCGGCCACGCCGUCUGCUCGGCCGGCCCUUACGCGUUCGUCCGCCACCCCGCAUACGCCGCCUGGCUGCUGCAGGCGCCCGCCGAGUGCGUGCUGCUGCAGUCGAGCUGGGCGGGCGCGCUGGGGGCCGCGCGGUGCGCGACGCUGGUGGUGCGCGCCGCGCUCGAGGACCGCUGGCUGCACCAGAACCUGCCUGGGUACCGCGAGUAUGCCGCGCGGGUGAGGUACCGCCUGGUGCCCUGGCUGUGGUGA